GUCGAUAGGGACCACCAGGUACAGGGUACAAUAGGGUAACUGCAGGGCUAUAAGGUCAGAUCCUUAAGUCUAGUUUGAAGGCUGUUCAUGGUCUGUGAUCAAUACUACCUACCUGACAUGUCCGAUACAUACGACUACAUCAUCGUCGGCGGCGGUUUGUCUGGCUGCGUGCUGGCUGCUCGGCUCGCCUCGGCCCAUCCCUCACGUUCCAUCCUCCUCCUCGAGGCCGGGUCGGACGUGAGAAACAACCGGUUGACGGGGUCACCGCUGGCGUGCUUCGGGGCACACCACUCGCCGCUCGACUGGGCGUACACGACGGUCCCGCAGGCGCAUCUUGACGGCCGGGCAUGCUACAACAGCGCGGGCAAGGCGUUGGGCGGCGGCACGGCCACCAACUACGGCACCUGGACGCGUGGCAACGCCGCAGAUUACGAUCUGUGGGCGGAGAUCGUGCAGGACGAGAGCUGGAACUACCAGAACCUGCUUCCGUACUUCCAGCGCUCGGAAACGCACUGGGACCCGGCGGCCGACACGGCAGUGCAUGGGCGGUCUGGUCCGAUCCACAACGCAACGGUGUCCUCCAGCAGCUCGGAGCGGAGGUACCCGCUGCGAGACCCGCUGGAGGCAGCCUGGAACCGGCUGGACGUGCAGACCAUUGUGGACGGGAAUGCUGGCCAUCCGCUCGGCUUGGCUGAGCUGACGGAGAACUGGCGGGACGGACACCGCCAGCUCGCCAGCGAAGCGUACGGGGUGAGGGAGAAGCCGAACCUGAGCGUCAGAACCGAGACGAUGGUCGAGAAGGUGUUGCUUGCCGAAGAUGAUGGACAGAAGGGGAGGAAGAUUGCCACGGGCGUGCAGCUGGCCGAUGGAAGGGCAACCCGCUUCUCUGCCCGGCGAGAAGUGAUCCUCUGCGCAGGCGCAUACCGCACGCCGCAACUCCUCAUGUUGUCGGGCAUCGGACCAGCAGAAGAGCUCGCCAAACACGGUAUUCCUCUGCAGGUGGAUGCACCACACGUCGGCAGGAACUUCCACGACCACUUCUCCUUCAACCAGUGGUGGAAGCUGCGGCAUCCGGAGAAAGGCCUGUCGGUCGGGACGCCGCAGUGGAACGAAAUCCCAGCGUACGGGCUAGGUCUUCCCGCCAGCUGGGUUGCAACGGUGCAGACACCUCGCGAGCAGCUCGAGCAAGCGUUGAAACUCGACGGCAUCGCCGUCGGCGAUGGUCUCGCCCAACACCCUUACCUGGCGCCGGAUUUCUGCCACGUCGAGACGCUGGUCGUGUACGCCCCCGCGGGCGCCGCAGUCGCAGGACUCGCCGAGGAGGUCCCCAUGGACGGCUCGUACAUCGCCUCGGCAGUGCUGGGCGUCACCCCGACGUCGCGAGGCACCAUCACCUUAUCGUCCGCGGACGUCACCGUCCCCCCGCUCAUCGAUCCCAAUUAUUACGCGACGGAAGUCGAUCGCGUGUCACUGCGCGCGGGUAUCCGACAGGUCACCAGGCUGCUCUGCGAUACGCCCGAGGGCAAGGAGAUGGUCGUCGAGCAGGUUGCCCGACCGGGGCUGCGCCCUCUUACCUCGCACUCGACGGACGAGGAGAUCGACCGGCAUGUGAAGCAGGGCGGCGCGACGUUCUACCACCCGGCAGGCUCGGCAGCGAUGGGCAAGGUGGUCGACACGCAGCUCAGGGUGUCUGGCGUCCAGGGGCUGCGAGUCGUCGACGCGAGUGUCUUGCCGUUGUCGCUGGCGGCUCAUUACCAGGCGAUUCUCAACUCCAGGCAUCACGAAAGAAAGGAGAAUCUCCUCGCAUCUUCGCGCGGGAGACGCAGCGCCAUCGCCCAGUUCUACCUCUCGAAUUCGACUGCUCCUCAGCGUGAAACAGGCAUGGUCUACUGCGGGCGUCCGUCGGCCAGCUGCGCCCUGUGCCGUGCCAAGAAGAGGCGGUGCGAUAAGGCGACUCCCGCCUGCGGACAGUGCCGUCGGACAAACCAGAAAUGCCCCGGGUAUCGCGACACGUCGAAGCUGGUCUUCCGCGACGAAACGACCCGCGUCAUCGGUCGGGUCCAGACUCUGCAGGCAAACAAGAGGGCGUUAGAGGGCUCGACGGCUUUGUCUGGUCAGGAUAGGUCGCCUUCGCUGGCGUCGUCUGAUCGCGACAAGUCUAGUGCGUCGCAAGAUGAGCAGGAUUGUAGUGAGGAUAGUGUCAAUGUCUUCGGUGCUUUCGAUACCCUGGAUACCCUGGAUACCCUCGAUACUCUUGACCUUGACAAUGACUUCAAUACAAUAGACGUCUUGCUGUCAUCUCCCCCGGCACCGUCAGAAAGCCUAGGCGAUCUAGGGGUGAACUAUUUCCUGACCAACUACGUCGUAUUGGACUCUGGGCCAUGUCCUGGCUAUCUCAACUACACCUGGGACAUGCUGGUUGACCCGGACGGCAACACGGAGCUGGUGCAGGUGGUCGUCAGUGCUGCCGGGCUAGCUGGACUGGCCGGCACCACAGGAUCCGCCAGCAUCAUGACGAAAGCGCGGGCGAGCUAUACGAGGGCGAUCGAGCAGGUGAACGCGGCGCUGAGAAACUCUGUCAUGACGGGCGACGACAGCACUGUCUUUGCGGUGAUGGUGCUCGGGCUGUUCGAGACCAUCACCUGCACCGACAACAACUCGCUGCAGGCAUGGGGCCAGCACAUCAACGGCGCGGCGAACCUGCUGAUGCACCGAGGCACAGCCCAGUUCCGGACGAAACAGGGCCUGCAGAUCUUCGGCGAGGCCGUCUCCCAUGUGCUGACGCUGUGCUCGCGAACAGGCCUCCCCGUGCCGCCUCGCCUGCGCUUUCUGCGCAUGGAGAUGGAGCGCAAGAUGGCCCGCAAGUCCCCCUCGUGGGUGCUGAGCACGGCGCACAUCGAGGCCAUGGACCUGUGGCACCGCGUGGAUCCCGAGCUGGAGACCCCCUUCCUGCCCGCCGAGUGGGAGAUGCUGCUCUCCCACGCCGUCGAGUUAGACCGUCGCCUCGAGACCGUCGUCGCCGACAUGCCGGACUCGUGGCGCUUCAAGACCAUCCACGACCCGGGCGCCGACCCGCGCAUCGCCUACCACGGCACCUACCACGUCUACUACAACCCCUGGGUGGCCAAAGUCUGGAACGGCCUGCGCAGCUGUCGCAUCCUCCUGCACCAGGUCACCUACUGCCUGCUGCAGCGUGAGUGCCGCGUCUGGGCACCGCACGAGCUCGACCCGGUCCCUGGCGGCGCCUACGUCGGUCUGCUGCGCCGCGCAGCCCAGAUCACCAUCGAGAUGCGCGACGGCAUCCUCGCCUCCGUCCCGCAGAUGAUGGGCUUCGUCGACGACCGGGGCAGUAUCACCCGCCAAGCCGACCCGUAUUUCCAUCUCCAUGCGUCUGCUCCGGCGUCUGGAGCUUAUUUUCUCGUCUGGUUCCUCUUCCUGGCCGGCUAUCUUCCGAUCAACCCGCCUGAAAUCCGCGCCUGGACCAUCGACCGGCUGCGCGCCAUCCGCUCAGCUACAGGCAUCCAAAAGGCAACCUUCCUCGGGCGUAUCAUUGAGUUUGAUCCUAAUUUUGCUCCAGACGAUGACCGCUUUCUUAUACCUGAUUUCUAGCGCUGCAAAUUCAUCUGGCAUAUAUUAAUUCAAUACCCACAGCAUCUAUAUAGAAUAUUAUAUACUAUCACCC